UCGAAAUGCAGUGUUUAUACUACGAGAUGAAUAUUCUAAUAUCAGCAACGCCCAUGGCCGCACACCCACAUAGAACAGUGUUUGACAGAUAUUUCAAUUUGGACGAUUUACAUCAUAAUAGAAUGCCAUGAGUGACCUCAGAAUAGAGUUGUCCGUGCCUUUUCCAAGCGCCAGAGAAGCAGAAGUUGUAUAUCAAGUGCUUCGAGUUGACAAGGAACCACCGCGUAGCAGAAUCACAAAGAAUCUUACGUUAAAUAAUAACAUUUUAGAAGUUUCAUUCAGUGGUAAGGAAGCAAGGAAAGUACGUGUAGCACUUACAUCUUUCUUUGAUAGUCUACUACUAGUCACAGAAACCAUUGAAAAAUUCGGUCCACCUGAGCCGAUAUACAGUCAUUACGGAGUCGACAAUUAG